UUGCUUAUCACCGCAGAGGUAAGAGAAAGAGAGUGGUGGGGGAGUGCGCUUAGAAUAUGGGAAAUUCCCAGGUUAUUUGGUUUAGCUUUGGAUAAUGUAAAUAAAUUAGAUGAAAAUGAUCAGUACAUCUCUAUAUUUUCAUUAUGUACGACCAAGACCUUCAUCAAAGUCUUAUUUAAAUAUAUUAAGAUAUCCUCUGAAGCACACUUGUGCUAUGGACUAUAAAAAAUUGUUAGAUUGCUGAAGUUUAUUGAAGCAUAAUGAGCAGUUACAAUGUGUGCCAAGAUGAUGAUAUUAGUAUAAUACCAAACGAAGAUGAUGUUUCUGAUGCUGCUGCCGCAAGUCCAAAUAUCACCUUUACUCUGUCAGCAUCACGACAAAAUCUUACUUCAUCCCUUGGUAUAACCUCUAUGUCUGCUCUAAAAGAUGCGUACGAAGAACUGAAGAAGAAGUAUAACGAACUCAAUACAAGAUAUCAAGAUUUAUUGAAGCUUGUCGAUGAACGAGGGAUGAAGCAAAUGAAAGGUUUGCCUUCUGAUAAUCCUGAUGAAAUGAAGCGCAGAAGUGAAGUCGACACGCUACACAAAGCAGUCAGUAAACUGAAAAAGGAAUUAGCAGCUGAGAAGACUAAAAAUCAGAGACUCAGAUCACAACUGCAAAGCCAUAGUGUGGAAACAACUCCUAAUACUUCUCUUACUAGUAAAGAAAUUGGCAGCAUGGAAAGUCUUGACAAGUUGAUGGAAAACAUUCAGUUUUUAGAGAAGAUAGUUGAAAUUCAUCAAAUGGAAGUUAGGAAAAUCCGUCUGCAUAGAAAUCCUUCCAAUGUGAUUGCAACAUUAUCCACCUCAUCACAUCCAAGAAAACAACUAGAACAUAAUGAACUUGAUAUCUUAAACCCAAGUGAGCAUUUUAAACCUUGUUAUCCUUAUUCUGUGGAGCCUUCAGCUGAAAUAGUUCAGGAUGAGGAUGAUGAUGACGAUGAUAAUGAUCCUAGCUGGCAGGAUUUCAAGAGAGACCCAUUUCAAACUCUACAUAAUCCUCAAAAAGUGAUUGACUUGCAUCAGAAGCCAAAAACUGUUGAUAAACUUACAGAUUUAAACAAAACUUUUCUGUAUGAAUCUACAACUCAUUCUCCUCAAAAUUCUUCUGUGGCAGAGGCAGCAUAUAACCUUCCUUUUGAAAACCCUACAAAGAGGACCGAAGAUGAGAAUAUUAUUUGUCCUUAUUGUUCAAGAAGCUUUCAUUGUUUAGAAAUGGUUAAAUUCCAAGAGCAUAUUGCUAAAUGUUCCUCCCAAGGUGAAACAAGAGACUCACACCGUAAAUGUCCUGUAUGUGACAAAAACUUUCAACAUGUAUCUCAAAAGGAUUUUGAAGUGCAUGUUAACAUGCAUUUUGACCAAAUGGAUGGGCUGGAUAUCUGAGAUACUGUUUAAUAUUUAAGAUAUUUGGUUAAUUUUUUUAUUUGCUAUUAUUUAUUUAUAUUUUGUAUUAAGUUAUCUUCAAACAUGUACAGCAAUACAUGCUGCUAUAAUUUAUUCUCAUUUAUAUUAUAGAAAUUAUUAAAUUGAGUACAAAAUUAUAUUGUAUAUUAUAAUAAACAUUUUGACUCUAUUUAGAAUCAAUUUCAUGCAUC